AUGUCUACCAUAAUUAGAACUGAUUCUUAACUGAAUCCUUUAAACAAAGAUCCCCAUACAAACGAAAAUGUUUAAACUGAAAAUUAGUUUGUUGCUGAAGAAAUCAAACCUGCUUCUAUUUAACAGCAAUCAGAAUCAUUUAAGGAAAGCGAUACUCAAAUUGAGAAAACAGAAAAGCAACAACCAACCUAGCUAAUGAUCGAUGAUGUAAUUGAAAAAUUAAAUACAAGAGGUAUUUUCUAGUUUUGGAUUCUCUUUACUUUCUGCAUUCUUUAUACCGUCCUAUGUGCCGCAAUGCUUUAUCCUUCUUUUUAUCUUAUGGACCCUAGUUUUAUUUGCCCAGGUCAAGGAGACGGAUUCACAGAAGCAGAUACUGGGUGCGAUGCUGGCUGUUAUAUUGACACCACUAGUGGAAGACGAACUUUAACCGACACUCUUAAUUUAUAUUGCAAUAAUUAAUAACUCCGUAUAAUGAGUAUUUCUAUACUUUACUUCGGUUGUGCUAUAGGAAAUAUAGUCAUCGGAGCAUAUUCUGAAUUAAAAGGACGUCGUUUAGGUAUGAUAGUAACAUGGGCUUUCUCAAUUAUUUCAUUCAUCGGUGUGAUCACAUCAUACAGCAUUACUUAAUUGAUGAUAUUUGAAUUCGCCUUGGGUUUCUUUAUCUAGCCUGCAAGUACAUUGGUCUUUGUUUAUAUGAGUGAAGUAUCUAUUGGAAACUACCGUCAAUACUUCUGUACUAUUAUCAUGGUAUUUUGGUCAGUUGGUGAAUUGCUCUUACCAGCUGUAGCUUACUAUGAAUAUAACUGGAGACUUGGAUUUACUUACUACAUGGUUAUCCCAGCUGUUGUUGUAGUUAUUUUACUUUAUUUUUUCAUGUAUGAAUCACCCUAAUUUUUAGUCUCUCAACGUAGAUUUGAUGAAACUAAGCAAGUCUUACUUAGAAUAGCCUCAUGGAAUAAAAGAACUGAUUAGUAUGCUAUCAUUGAUAAAUAUGUUGAAGAGUAAAGAUAAUAUGCAAUUGAAGAAGAAAAAAAGAGCAGUUUCAAAGCUGAUUAAAUAACUUCCAUUUAUUUCCACCAAGUCUUUUGUCUUCCAAAGUUGCUCAAAAUUACUGCCGCAGCAAGUGGCAUUCUUUUAGCUAUUAAUCUUAUUUACUUUGGUUGCUAACUUUCCUUGAGUACCAUCAGUCCUAAUCCUUAUGCAAAUUAAGUCUAUUUGGGAAUAGCAGAAGGUUCUACUUUAUUAUUUUCAAAUUUAACCACUACAAGAUGCAAAAGAAAACUUUGGUCUUUCAUUUUCCAUACUGCCACUUGUAUUUUGUGUCUCUUCUUUUUAUUUGUUGAAACUGAUGAUGGCAAGAUUGCAGUAGCUUUCUUUGUGAGAAUUGGAAAUGUAUUCGCUAUGGCACUUGUUUAGAUAUAUCUAAAUGAAUUAUUCCCAACUCCUGCCAGAGCUGUAUGCUAAGGUAUAGUUUAUUUCUUUGGUCUUGUUGGAAGUAUCAUCGCCCCCUACGUAAUUGAAUGGGCUGUUGAUAUUGGUAUUAACUAAAUAGCAUGGCUUGGUAUAGUCUCCUUCUUAGGGUCAUUAUGCUGCUUCUUCCUGAAGGAAACUUAUCUCAUGCCUUUAGAUUAAGAAUUAGAGGAAUCUGAUUUAAAGAGAUUCAAAAAAAUGAAUGUCAAAAAAACAGCCACAGCUCCAACUGAAUAAUGA